AUGUCAGAGGCUGCGAGGAUGCUUAACCCUUGGUGUUUCCAUUUCCAGAAGCUCGGGCUCGAGCUCAAGUGCCCCGUCUGUUUGAAUUUGCUGUACAAGCCCGUUUUGCUUCCUUGCAAUCACAUCUUCUGCAAUUCUUGUGUCCCUGCAAUAUCCCAAUUUACCAACCAGUGUCCUGCAUGUCAGCAGCAAUUUACCAAUCAAGAUAUCCGGCCCGCUUCUCAUUUGGAGAAUAUUGUUUCCAUUUACAAAAAUCUGGACUCAACAUUCAACUCUUCUGUGUUGCCACUUUUAUCUAAUGCAUCCAAAGAGGAGGGUAAUCAUACUGGUGCUCUGAUAAUUAACCGGAUUUCAGGCGGACUUGAGUUAACUAAAUGUUCUGUGUCAGAAGAGACUGAUCUGAAUCAUGCUCCAGAUAUGUCUCCUUCCUCCUGUGAGGAUGUCAAACAGGCAGGUCACAAAAAUGAAGCAGGAAGCACAACUGGGGGAACACCAAUCCAUCCAGUCAAGAAACCAGCUAGUGAAAUGGGUGAUAAAGAUGCAUCUCAUACUAGGGAACUUAAGAGACAAAAGAAACUGGACUAUGAAUUAGCUGAUGCAGCUUUGCAUAAACACGGGCAAAGCCAGCAAAUAACUUCCCAUACCGAUCAAGCUUCAGUUUCCAACUAUAAUGAGGAAUGCAAAUCUAAGGAAGUAACCUGUGAUGUUUCAGAUUUGAAUGGAAGUGUUUGUGCAUUUUGCCAUUCCUCUACAAUCACAGAAGCAACUGGCCCGAUGCUGUACUAUGCAGAUGGAAAGGAGGUAGCAAGAGAAGCUGCUUUUCCAAAUGCUAUCCCGGUUCAUAAUAAAUGCAUAUUAUGGACUCCUAAAGUGUAUUAUGAAGGGGAAAAAAUUAAGAACUUAGAGUCUGAGCUGUUGAGAGCUUCUAAGCUCAAGUGCAGUAGCUGUGGCUCAAAAGGAGCUGCACUUGGCUGCUAUGCUAAGUCUUGCAGGAAAACUUAUCACGUUCCGUGUGCUGUGGAAGUACCAAACUGUAAAUGGGAUUGUGAUGACUACUUAAUGUUGUGUCCUCUUCACAAAUCGGUAAAAUUUCCAAAUGAAAAGUCAUCCAAGUCUAGAAAGCAUCAUAGUGAACAGAAGCCCUCCUUGCCUAUGCAAAUUGCUUCUGAACAGUCGAACUUUUGGUCAAACCACCCAACUGGGCCUCAAGAGUGGGUCUUGUGUGGAUCUUCUUUGUCAUCAGAUGAUAAGUGUUUGUUGGUUGAGUUUGCUUCAAUAUGUGGUGCUACUGUGUUCAAGUUUUGGAACCCAAAUGUUACCCAUGUGAUUGCAGCCACAGAUGAAAAUGGCGCAUGCAGUAGAACUUUGAAAGUUCUCAUGGGGAUUUUGAAUGGGAGAUGGAUCCUUACUAUUGAUUGGAUAAAAGCUUGCAUGGAAGCAAAUGCAUAUGUGGGUGAAGAGCCAUAUGAAGUUAGUCUAGACAACCAUGGUUGUCGUGGUGGGCCCAAAAGUGGCAGAUUGAGGGCGUUGAAUAAUGCUCCAAAGCUUUUCGAUAAGUUCAACUUCUAUUUUUGUGGGGAGUUUGUCCCAUCUUACAAGAGCGACCUCUUGGAGUUGGUCCGAGUUGGUGGAGGUACAAUUAUUACGAGCUUGGAGGGUAUGGUUGAACAAAACAAGCAUGAUCAACAAGCGGCUGCUACAACUUUUGUUGUCUACAAUAAUGAUUACCCUCAAGGCUUCAUCUCAAAAGAUGGUGAUAUUGAUGCUCGGGUCAUUCCACACAUAUGGAUCUUGGAGUCAAUAGCUGCAUGUCGGGUUUUGUCAGUUCCUUUAUGUUGA